AUGUUUUCAAAGUACAGGAUGAGUAAAGUUAACAGUGAGGAGUCUUCUAGUAGCCGCAAAUUUUUGAAGGAGGUCGAGACGAUAAGCGAAGCUCUGUAUGUGAACAAGAAUCCUAGGAGCUCAGUGGCUGGUCCUAAUAACACUUCAGUAAAGCCGUUGGGUCGUACACAGUUGGCUGAGCCUCAGAAGGAGAAGAAAUCGUUUUGGAAAUGGCCUCUCAGAGCCCUUUCUCAUGUUCGCAAACCCCGAUUCCAUUGCUGUUUCUCUGCUCAAGUCCACUCCAUUGACGGGUUACCCCCAAUAUUCCACGAUCUUUAUCUCACUGUUCACUGGGAAAGUCGUGGUGACGAAUCGUUAAGCACCCGUGCUGUAAAAGUUUCGAAUGGAAGAGCUGAUUUCAAGGACAAGCUGAUACGUACAUGCUCAGUUUAUGGAAGCCGAAGUGGACAACAUCACUCAGCGGAGUAUGGAGCUAAGCCUUUCUUGCUGUAUGCUUCUCUAGUUGGAUCUCCUGAGGUCGAUCUGGGGAAGCAUCGGAUGGAUCCCACUAGAUUGCUUCCUCUCACACUUGAGGAGUUGCAGGAUGGGAAGAGCUCGGGUAAGUGGUCAACAACAUUUCAGCUGACUGGAAAGGCUAGUGGUGCCACUCUAAGCAUGAGCUUUGGUUACACUGUUGUUGGUGAGGAGAAGGUGGAUCGAGCAGCUGAGUCUCAGUUCGAAUUUGACAUUGUCACGAAACACAUUGAAGCAAAUGAACAUCAAAGUAAGGAGCCUCUGAUAAACAAGAAUGGAACUGGUUUGCCUUUUGAGGGUAGAAAGAAAGCUUGCGAAGUUCCUACUACUGGAACUGAGGAAGUUGUUACAGGAAAUUUGCCUGCAGAAGAGCCUUUGGUGAACAAGAAUGAAACUGAUGUUUCUUUUGAGGAAUCAAAGAUGGCUGGUGAACUUCCUGUUACCAGAAGUGAGGAAGUUGUUGGAAUUAUUACAGAAGAUAUGCUUCCAGAAGAGGGGUGCAAUGUUUCUCCAAAGGAAGAGGAAAGUAUUGUUCCUCGAGAUGAUGAAGAGGCAAUGAAGGGUGAGAGAGACUUGAAAGAAAUGAUAAUGAAAGAUCUUGAAUCAGCUUUGAAGAGUGUAGAAAUGUUGGAAGCAACGGCGUCAGAAGACGAGGAAGAUGAAGAAAACCAUGGAGACGCAGAAACAUGUUUUAGAACACCAAAUAAGGAAGCGACACCAUCAAGCUCGAGAGAGUUCUUAGACAUGUUAGGCAUUGAACACAGCCCUUUUGGUCUAAGCUCUGAGAGUGAACCUGAGUCCCCAAGGGAGCGACUGUUAAGAGGGUUUGAAAUGGAAACUCUAGCGGCCAAUUCUUUGUUUGGUUUUAGUAUUGAAGCUGAUGAUCCCCAAAUGGAAUGUGAUGAAAACUUCUCGAAAGAGUAUGAAUCAGAUAUCGAUCUGACAUCCCUCGUUCAUGAUAUAGAAGAAGAGUACCAGUUGGAAACUCAAGCAAGAGUCGGCCACACCAGGGCCAAAAUGUUGGAAGACUUGGAAACUGAAAUUUUGAUGCGUGAGUGGGGUAUGAGUGAAAACACAUUUCAGAACUCUCCACCUCACAAUGAUUGUAAUGCGUUUUCUCAAGCUGACUUUCCAGUGAAGGAGCCAUUUGAUUUGCCUCCUCUAGGAGAUGGUCUAGGUCCAGUUGUGCAGACAAAGAAUGGAGGGUUUUUGCGGUCAAUGAGUCCCUUACUCUUCAGGAACUCUAAAUCUGGAGGUAGCUUGAUCAUGCAAGUGUCAACUCCAGUGGUGGUGCCUGCUGCGAUGGGCUCUGGUAUCGUGGAGAUACUUCAGAGGCUAGCCACUGCUGGAACUGAAAAGCUCUCUAUGCAGGCAAAUAGAGUAAUGCCUUUGGACGAUAUAUCAGGGAAAACCAUGGAAGAGGUGUUGUGGGAAUCUUCACCUGCAAUCGACGGUGUGGACAUGGGUCAUAGAUCAGAGCAUAAACCUGAUGAUGAAGCUGCCUUUGUGAGGAGACGAGCAUCAUUUGCAGCUAAGCCGAAAAUGCAUGGUUCAAGCUCUGGCAACAAGAACUUUGAUUCAGAGUAUGUAUCACUUGAAGAUCUUGCUCCUUUGGCUAUGGAUCAGAUUGAAGCACUUUCAUUGGAAGGGUUGAGAAUACAAUCAGGAAUGUCAGAUGACGAUGCACCCUCAUACAUCCCUGCACAGUCUACCGGAGAGGUCUCAGUCUUCCAGGGGAAAAGUGGGUUCACUGGUCUAGAAGAUGAUGAUGACGGUUUAAUGGGACUCUCCUUGACUCUUGACGAGUGGAUAAAGUUGGAUUCAGGUGAGACUGGCGACGAAGAAGAAAUAAAUGAGCGAACGUCGAAAAUUUUGGCUGCUCAUCAUGCAAACCCACUAAACUGUAUCCGUAAAGGGUUAAAAGGAAGGAAAUGCGGUUUACUGGGGAAUAACUUCACCGUAGCACUAAUGGUGCAACUUCGAGAUCCGCUAAGAAACUAUGAGCCAGUUGGUGCUCCUAUGCUUUCUCUUUGCCAAGUUGAGAGAUUGUUCGUCCCUCCAAAGCCCAUAAUCUACAGUACAGUUUCAGAGCUGAGGAAAUUAGAUGGAGAGGAGAAGGAAAGCAAGGGGUGUGAGGAAGUCAGAGAAGAGAAAACGAUGGAGGAACAAGGAGCCUUUCAGUACAAAAUCUCAGAGGUGCAUCUGACUGGUAUGAAGAGCGAGACCGAUAAGAAGCCCUGUGGGGUCGCGACACAGCAGCAGCAGGUGCAGUCUGGUUCAAGGUGGUUGUUGGCUAACGGAAUGGGGAAAGGGAACAAGAAGCUUCCUCUUAUGAAACCAAAAUCUGCUUCUACAAAGCCUGGUGAUAAAUUGUGGAGCGUCUCUGGUUCUCGGUCUAAAUGGAAAGAGCUUGGGAAAAUGGGAAAGUCGAACACACACGUGCGAAAUCCGAAUGUGAUAAUGCCAAAAUGA